UUCCAUGUCAGUGGAUUCGACACAGUAUUUACCAGCUUCCCAAAACCAUUUUCUUUUGCUGUAUUAUACGCAUUAUAUUUUUCAAUUCUUGUACGAUUUGCCUGGCAAUUGAUUUAUUGCCGUCCUAUUUGAACUGCACUGUUCUGUCUCUGGUCAACCAUGGCUGAAUCUAAUGACAUAAAGGGACAGUCUCCUGCCCUCGCUCAAGAGGCAGUUGCAGAGCCAGAAAAUGCCGUCACCGAGAGUCAUACGACAGCCAACGGCGAAGCCCAGGAGGGAGAGGAAGAGUUAGAUCAGGGUGCUGAGACUAUCUUCUCCCUGACAGUCAACCUACCCCACAAGCCACACAAGAUGCAACUUAUGGUGUCAUCACAAGAGCAAGUCCACGAUGUCCGACAAUCUGUUAUUGAGCUGCCAGAUACGUUCCAAUAUUCUUGCUUCCAUUUGGAGCACAACGGAGAACGAAUCAACGAUUUCAUCCAACUUUCCGAUGUGAAGGACCUCGUACCCGAGUCGGAAUUGAAGCUUGUGGAGGACCCAUAUACCGAGAAGGAAGCGCGCAUACAUGUUAUCCGUGUCCGCGAACUUAUUGGCGCGGCUGGUGACCGAACAGAUACCCUACAAGGUAUCCUAUCAGGCCUGUCUCUUUACGAUUCCGUUACGGAGUCAGAGGCACCAGCCUCUGGCGAGGCAGCGGCAGCUCAACCAAACGGUGCUGCUCACCCCUUGGCAGAUUACGACUUCCAAGCGGCUGGAACAUUAUCAACUUUGCUCCCAACUACUCAGGAGUCUCAUCCUAAGACAAUCAAAAUGGUUGGCCUAUCGCCCUGGAACCCCCCACCAUACCACCUUCGCCAAAAGGGACACCUGUUAUACCUCCAAGCGACUACUUUGGAGGGUGAGCAAUACCAGAUCACCUCCCACGUCUCUGGCUUCUACGUCAACAAGUCGACAAAUGCCAGGUUCGACCCCACUCCACGAACAGCACCAAAGGCGCAUGCCGCGCAUUCGCUUUUGGCGCUGAUCUCGGACCUGUCUCCCGCCUUCGAGCCCGCAUUCGAGAAGCUGCAAGAAUACAACAACCAAAAAGAGCCUCUUACGAACUUCCAGAUCACCAACUCUACCCCAGCAAGCCCCUGGAUCGUGCCUUCGGAGUCUUCGCCACUCACUACCCACCAGUCUGAUCUCACCCGCUCUCAGGAGAGCUACUUGAUUUCGGGCAUUGAGAACACCGAGACUCUUAGGGACUGGAACGAAGAGUUCCAAUCCACGAGAGAGCUGCCAAAGGAGACCGCUCAGGACAGAGUCUUCCGCGAACGCCUUACCUCGAAGCUCUUUGCCGACUACAACGACGCAGCUGCUCGUGGCGCCGUAUUGGUCGCCAGAGGCGAGGUCGCGCCCCUGAACCCAACUGAGAGCAGAGACGCACAGAUCUUCGUUUACAACAACGUCUUCUUCUCCUUCGGUGCUGACGGUGUCGGCACUUUCGCAUCUGAGGGCGGUGAUGAGGCAGCAAGAGUUGCAACUGGCAAGGAUGUUAUGGGUGUCCGUAUGGUCAACCAGCUCGAUAUCGAUGGCCUUUUCACCCCAGGUACCGUCGUCAUUGAUUACCUCGGCAAGCGCCUUGUUGGCCAGAGCAUUGUUCCCGGUAUCUUCAAGCAGCGCGACCCUGGAGAGAACCAGAUCGACUACGGUGCAGUUGACGGCAAGGAGGUUAUUGCUGCUGAUGAGAAGUUCGUUCCCGUUUUCGAGAAGCUGUCCAAGGCCUUGAAGGUCAAGAAGCACGCUGUGUGGGAUAAGGCUGGCAAGAGACAUGAGCUCGAAGGCAGUGUUGAGACCAAGGGUCUGUUGGGCACCGAUGGAAGGAAAUACGUCCUUGAUUUGUACCGUGUGACACCUUUGGAUAUUGAGUGGAUGGAGGAGAACGGAACUGCGAUUAGCAGCCCAGAGCAGAACGGUGGAGCUGGCGAGGCCACUUACCCUCACAGAAUGACCGUCCUUCGCCCAGAAUUAGUGGAGGCAUACUGGAAGAUUAAGAUGAGGGCAUGGGUUAACGAGCGCUUGGAGGAGAGGCGACAGGCCGCCAAGGCAGAGGAGGAUGCGACGAAGGCUGUCACUGAGGGCGAGGCUGAUGCCGAAUCCAGCGAGAAGGCUGCCAAGCCUGUCGACUCUGACAAGGACAGAAUCGACAUUACCGACUUCUCAUUCUCCCUUAACCCUGAUGUGUUCAGCGGCCAGGAGCCCCAGACCGAGGAGGAAAUCGCCGAAUGGGCCAAGGACGAGGAGGAGGUCAGAGCAGCCGGCAAGUUCCUGCGCGACACCGUUCUUCCUGAGCUUGUCCGUGACCUGAAGGAGGGCGAUGUUGGCUUCCCUAUGGAUGGCGAGUCGCUCAGCCGUCUCCUCCACAAGCGCGGUAUCAACAUCAGAUACCUUGGAGUGCUUGCUGGCCAGGCCGAGGGCAGACGUCUUGAGGCACUGAAGAUUCUCUCCAUCCAGGAGAUGAUCUCCAGAUCUUUCAAGCACAUCGCAGGAAACUACCUCCGCUACUUGCCAAUUCCUUUCACCAGCGCUUGCAUCGCUCACCUUCUCAACUGCCUCUUAGGCACUGGCUUCAACGAGAGCCCAGUUGCCCUUGUUGACGAGUCGUUGAAGGCUCUCUACGCUGAUACGGAUCUUUCGUUCAAGGAUGUCACCCCUGAGUCAUUAAGAAAGGAGAUCGAGGCUCAGACCCUCAAGAGAUACAAGUACACUCUUGAGGAGAACUGGUCUGCCGCCAUCAAGCCUGUCCAGAUGCUCCGUGAGGUGUCCCUGAAGAUGGGUUUCCAACUCGUCUCCAAGGACUACUUCUUCACCAAGGAGGCAGCCGCAAAUGCCAAGCCCGCAAAGGUUGCCGAUGCGCUCAAGGAGAACACCAACGGCACGGCCACCACCACUUCAAGCAAGAAGAAGAAGAAGGCCCGCUCUGAUUCUCCUUCGGGACCUAAGGCAGUUCCAGCAGGUCCACCGAUGACCUUCUCCGCUGAUGAUGUCCUGAACGUGGUUCCAAUCAUCAAGGAGGCCUCGCCCAAGAGCGCUCUUGCCGAGGAGGCCCUCGAGGCUGGCCGCAUUUCCAUCCUGCAGGGCCAGAAGAAGCUCGGACAGGAACUCCUGUUGGAGUCUCUCUCCCUGCACGAGCAGAUCUACGGCAUCAUGCACCCUGAAGUAGCACGCGUGUACAACACCCUGUCCAUGCUCUACUACCAGCUCGAAGAGAAAGACGCCGCCGUCGAACUCGCCCGCAAGGCCGUCAUCGUGUCAGAGAGAACCCUCGGUGUCGACUCCGCCGAGACCCUCCUCAGCUACCUCAACCUCGGUCUCUUCAGCCACGCCAACGGCGAGACCAAGCUCGCAUUGACAUACAUCAAGCACGCCCUCCAGCUCUGGAAGAUCAUCUACGGCCAAAACCACCCCGACUCCAUCACCACCACCAACAACGCCGCCGUCAUGCUCCAGCACCUCAAGCUCUACCACGAGUCGCGCCUCUGGUUCGAAGCCUCCCUCGAUAUCUGCGAGAGCGUCUUCGGCAAGCAAUCCAUCAACGCCGGCACGCUGCUCUUCCAGCUCGCCCAGGCCCUCGCCCUCGACCAGGACUCCAAGGCCUCCGUGAACCGCAUGCGCGAGUCCUAUAACAUCUUCCUGACCGAGCUCGGCGCCGAGGACAAGAACACCAAGGAGGCGGAGAGCUGGCUCGAGCAGCUCACCCAGAACGCUGUUUCCAUCGCCAAGCACGCGAAGGAUGUUCAGGCCCGCCGCGUUCGCGCUGGCAUCAAGAUGUCCCCCGGCAUGUCGCUCGGCCAGACACAGGCGCAGCCGCCGGUCGGCCAGACUGCCGAGGCGUCGUCGGGCAGAGAUCCUCGCAACGCGAUGGGCAUGGAUUCUCGCAGCAUCGAUGAGCUGUUGAAGUUCAUCGAGGGCAAGGAGCAGAAGAAGCCUUCGUCCAAGAAGAGACCCGGCCAGAACAACCCCAAGCGCAGAGGCGGUGCGUCUAAGGCCUAAACCCCAUCAUCUAUAUCGCGGCUGCAUACGCUUUGGAUAGGGUAUGCGUGAUGUACGAGAUGGGUUUGUAAUCGACAGCAUAUAUCUGCUUGUAAUAUCUCCUUCGUCGUUUCUGGUGGCAUGCAUGGUUCUGGAUUUUGCCUUUGUUUCCUACUCAUGAAGGAUUGGUGCUUGCAUUUGCAGCAUUCUCCCCUCUAUAUGGCAUGGCAAUACUUGUAUAAUUUAUUGUAUUUUUACGCUUAAAAAAUGGUGGUCGACUGACCCAGGGAAGGGGGGUCGGGGCAUGUAUGUACGGGAUUGAAAUAACUAACUCCUCUCAUUAUGGGUGGAUUGCGAAGGAGGCCUUGUGUUUUCCUGGAAUAAUCCGUUUUGGACACACAACUAUAUGUAUGUAAUAACAUAUACCUAGCAAUGCUAUACCAUUAAUAACAUGAUCCC